AUGGUCUUCGGACAAACACCUACACUGGCGACAGGAGCCGCACGCCGCGCUCUUCUCGACACGAUAUACUCAAGGUUCAGAGGUCUCGAAAAAGGAUCCAAAGCAUACGUGGAGCUAGCAGAAUCGGGCAGAGUAUGGGAGGAGUACCACCAGCCAGGCGACUUUGCGAAGAUGGGCUACUUGAAGUGCCAAGAGGAUGCAGUUGAGACCCUCGCCCAGAUCGACGACGUCAGGAAAUGGAUGCGGCGUCCUGCGAGCAAACGGGGUGCCCAGAUGGUUCCGGAAUAUUCCCAUCAGUCCGUGAUGAUCGAGAACAAUACCCGCCCCCCUGGUGACAGUAUUCUGAUGCACGAGGAACUGCAUGGACGCUUUUUUAAGCCGGUCAACCUACCCACGCUGUCCAUCCACGAACUGGCUAAAGCAACGCCGAUUCCGCGGCUGGAAUGGCCAAAGUCGAUCACGUCCAAGCGAGACGCGUUCGAGGUUGUCGAGCUUCGAAAUCAUCUCGUAGCCAGUCAGUGGAUCGCCGAGACCGCAUUGAACCAUCAGGGCGAGGACGGACUCAACGAGGACGAGGUGUGCGCUCUCUCGGCCUUGACAAUGAGAGACCUCGAUGAAAGUGGGCGUGGCCUGUAUCCAUGGACGUUGGGGCCGCGCAUCCGCCUCGGCCAGUACCGCCAGACGCCAAUCGGCGUCAAGAGCAACCCGAUGGCCGUAUUCCCCUACCAUCUCGAAGUCCCCGCAUGCAUGCGGCGCUACUUUGCGUGGCGAAAGCGUAUGCACAAGGAGAGGGUCCUCCAUCCUCUGAUUCUCGCCUGCCACGCGAUGGUUUAUUUUCUACAAAUCCAUCCCUUCGUUGACGGCAACGGCCGUGUGUCGAGAUUGAUGAUGCAGGACUAUCUGAUGCGGCAGGGAUAUCUGCCUAGCUACAUAAUGUACCUGGACCGCGACGAGUACUUGAAGAUGAUCCACCACGCCGCCGAUGGCGAUCCCUCGCUGCUUAUCGACCGCGUCUUGACUUCGCAGAUGGAGUUUUUGUAUUCUUACAUGCUCGACGAUCUGUCCAGCGACUCGCCUAGACCAGUCGGUUAG